AUUCGAAUUCUGGUGAACGGAAGAGAUAUACUGUUCCGAACCUCAAGUAAACAUUUUCGGGUGUGUGGUUGAAAGCGACUCAAAUACGUACAAUGUGCAGUUUGGAAUGACAACAUUUCAAUAGAAGUGUGUCUUUGUCAAAAGAAUUUGCUCGAUUCAUUGAAUUUCUGAGGGUUUAUGUCAAACGUCGUUUAACACAAAACGAAAUCUCUUUCAAUCAGUGUUUUCGCUUGUGUAUACAAUUUUGGUUGUGAAGGAGGGGUAUAGAGGAAAACAAACUGAGCGCAUGUUAGCUGGAGAUAGCGCGUCAACAGAAGCUCUGCUGGAUUUUCCCUACAUUACAAUUUUGAGGAUGAAAUUGGCGUAAUGUAAAGUGAAAAUCUUUGAAAAUUGAAAUUCAGUCACAAAAAUGAUGAUGGACUAGAAAUUAAGGAAGAUGGGCUGCGGUAAUUCUAAAGAUGACGUCAACACGAAAGCCCAAGGAAAUGUAAAGGUCGGUUCGGAUAAGAACAGAAAUACAAAAAACUCACAGCCACCAGAUUUCAGUACUAUUGCAGAAAGCGAUGACGUCAAUUCUACUGGAAAGAAACCGAAAUCUAUAAACAAUAUAGAUGGUCAGAAAUUGGAGAGACCCAAAGGUGGAAAAGGGAAAGAGAACGAAGUAAGGGAACCAGUCAACGAGAAAGGUUAUAAGGGGAAACCACAGAAAGAAAUAGGAUACCUGAAACGAAUUCGAGAACAGCUGAAGCAGGCUGCUACAAAUUCAGACACAGAGGAACUGGAGCAUGCCAUUUUCAUUUUCGAGAAAAAUAAACUUGAGGACAAUGGUGACUUAACAGAUGCCAAAGAAAGACUUCGAUUUCUAUACCUCAGAAAAGAACUUCGAGACGCAAUAUUACGACGGCAUCCGGGUAUAUUAGACAAAGCCAUCGCAAGGGUGGAAGAAUCUGAAUACAAAUCUGAACUUAGUCAAUCUCUCGAUACUGCAAGAAAGCUGCGUCAGCACCUGACAGAGCUCGAUCAGUACCGCCAUGACAUUCUUACCAUGGACCAAUCAACAACAUCCGAAAUACGAAGCUAUCAUCAUCCGCCAGAUGGCGUUCAUGAGGUGAUGAUAGGAACGUAUAUGCUGCUUGGAUAUGAAGAAGAGAAACUACAGGACUGGACUGAUGUACAAUGCCUUCUUGGUCGAUAUGGAAAAGAGAGUCUGAUGAGAGAAAUUCGCAACGCCGACACCAUUAACAUUAACUCAAAGACCAGUCAAAGGGUACUGAGAAUGCAAUCCAAAUUUUCCCUGGAACAAAUUCGGGGUGUCAGUAAUGGAGCUGCUACUUUCUAUGUCUGGAAUUCCAACAUGGCGAAUAAAUCUGACAAAGACAGACAACAACAACAGCAGCAGCAGCCGAGCCAGACUCCUACGCCAGGCAAACAAAGCGGCAAACCUGCACCGGCACAAAAGGAAAACAAACAGGCAAAGCCCACUUCAAACGUAACUCAGUCUAAUGCAAAAGACACUAAGCCAGCGCAGCCUACCGCUAACACAAAGGACAAAAAUCAACCCCAACCUAAAGCAAAGGAUAAGAAUCAGGCCAAGGCGAAAGAUAAAAAUCAGCCUAAGGCCAAUCCACAAGACAAACCUCCAGCGAAAGUUAAUGGGAAAAAUAAAAUUCCAACACAGCCUACUGCAAAGGAUAAAAAUCCUGCACAACCUACUGUGCCUAAUAAGCAGUCAAAUCCAAACAAAAACCAGCCCAAAGCUAACACUGCUGAUAAUAAAAAGCAGACUCAACAGAAUUCCAAACCCGUGGUUAAUUCCAGUACCAAAGCACAGUCGAACCAAAAUGAUACGAGUACGAAAGCAAAGUCUGAUACACAACAAAAUACGAAAGAUAGAAAGAAAACAAAAGGAUGAGUUAAACAAUAGAAUGCGACAUAAUAUAAACUCUUUAGGAAUUAGGUGUGUUGCAGUUAUAUGUUUACAAUUACAACACUGCUGCACACUGUGAUAUGACAAUUAAAGGCAUGCAUUUUUCACGCCCUGAAAGAAAUACAGUUCAUAGACUGGACCAUUUGCAGCGAAUUAUGUUUUUUUUUCACGCUAUUAGGUGCUCUUUAAUAACAAUGCCAUGUCAACCUCUAGAACAAACACCACGAUAUCAUCAAGAUAUUUGUUCGUAUCUGUUGUCAAAUCAUGGAAGGGUCGGCGAAACAGACAAUCUUUUGCUGUUGAGUGUCUUCCGACAGCAUUUAUCACUCACCUCGAACACCCUCCUCGAGCACCCUUACAGAAUUCUUUUUGCUUCAAGGACAUCGUAACCAGUUAUGUCAUAUACUCAAAACUACAACUCGCUUAGCUUAAGGGCAUCCAGCCCUAUGCGAUCUGUGAUAUUCUGUACAUAGCACUUAUAAUUUAUUGAUAUUUUUCGACAUGAUGUAUUGAAAUACAUGCCUGUGAAAUGCAGUUUAUUAAAUUCAAUAGAUAAGAGA